GCGCUCCCGUGAAAUAAUUCAUUGUAUCGGAUUGAGACGGGAGGGAGCCGCGACCCGACCGAUCGGCAACAGCAACUCAGCUCCGGGAAGACAAAAAACGACCGCUAGCCACACAAACUGCAGGGAUGGCAGCCAUCCGUAAGAAGCUGGUGAUAGUGGGGGAUGGAGCUUGUGGGAAGACCUGCCUGCUCAUCGUCUUCAGCAAGGACCAGUUCCCUGAAGUCUACGUCCCCACCGUAUUCGAGAACUACGUGGCAGAUAUAGAGGUGGAUGGCAAACAGGUGGAGCUGGCUCUCUGGGAUACUGCGGGUCAGGAGGACUAUGACAGGCUGAGACCUCUCUCCUAUCCAGACACUGACGUCAUCCUCAUGUGUUUCUCCAUAGACAGCCCUGACAGCUUGGAGAACAUUCCAGAGAAGUGGACCCCGGAGGUCAAACACUUCUGUCCCAACGUUCCCAUCAUCCUGGUGGGCAACAAAAAAGAUCUGCGAAAUGAUGAACACACACGCCGAGAGCUGGCCAAGAUGAAGCAGGAGCCGGUGAAACCAGAGGAAGGCCGGGACAUGGCCAAUCGGAUCGCGGCAUUCGGCUACAUGGAGUGCUCCGCCAAGACAAAGGACGGCGUGCGGGAGGUGUUCGAGAUGGCCACUAGGGCAGCACUGCAGGCCCGCCGCGGCAAGAAGGGCAGUAAAUGUGUACUGCUGUAAAAUGACCGACAUCAUUGGACUGUUUUCACCCUGGGUUGCUCUACCAGGGGCUCGGGUGGGACGGAGGGAUGACAUAGAUGGGAGAGGGAGGGAGGGGAAGAAAAGAGUGCAGUAAAUGACUACCGCUGUAAAAUGGCAGUUUGUUGGACUCCAUUUACCCUGGGACUGGGGUUGGGGAGGGACAGAGGGAGGGGUGGAUGGAAGGAUGGAUAGGUGGUUGGUUGGUUUUGGGGAGGAGGGAGCACAGUGUGUGAGCACCGAUGUAAACCAUUGGACAGUUUGCCUGUGGUUUACCAUCAAGGUGGGAAAUUAAUACCAGCAGAACGCUGGUCCAUGUUGUCUUCUCAACCAGCCACUUAGACAACGAUCAUUUGGAGAUCCUAGUGUAUUCUUAAAAUUUAGCUGACUGGUAAAACCGAAAAGAUGCUGGUGAAUUGUGGGAUGUUCACAAAGUUAGUUUCCUGCCCUGGAUGACUUGACAAACGGAUGGGGGUCAGCAGAGAGCAACACCACUACUACCACUGACUACCACUGCAAACAGCCACCAUUGGACAGUCAGUCCCCAGGUUAUCAGGGACAGGGUGGGCGGGGCGACGGGGGGACUGUUGAGGGGGUGGAGGGAGGGAACGAAAACAGCAGCACAGCACACGUUUGCUGCUGCUAAAAGCCACAAGAAGACUGUAUACACCAAACCACGGCAAAAACUUGAGAUUUGAACAUGGUUUUGCACAAUUUUGAGUACUUGUGGUAUGCUAGUAUUAUCUUGGCAGGCUAGUUGAACAGUACACAGAUCAAUAAUUUGUAUUUAUCAAGCACACUUCCCUCAGAUCUGUGCUAUAAACAGGGUUAGAGACGAUUCACUUUCAGCUCCUUACAGGAAGAGGAUUUUCUUUCCAAAGCAAAUAUUGAGAAAUAUUUGUCCUGCCUCUUAAUUGAGAUGCACCUUCCUGAGCACCUAAUAACUGAGUUUGAAUGUUCUGUUAUUAGCAAAUGAACUCAGUUGGAGCGAACAUUUUGAAUUGAAAGGGAAUCGACCCCAGUAUAAAUUUUCAGUACUGCUGUACUGUCUGCCAGCAGCUGGUCUGUACACCAACUAAGGGCUGAGCUGUGUCUAGCAUGGGAAAAAAUAGACUCCUCCCCCCUAAAACUCCCCUCCUAGUCAAUUAAAACAUGUUUGGACAUCACAGUUGUCAGUGACGGCCAUGUUGGAUCCAGCACCACCCUUCAGUGGUAAUAAAUUGGCUUCUGUUAGGUAAUUGGCAUCUCAUCAUGGCAGUGUUGCGCAGGGUAAUGUAAUAUAUUUACUGGUUGGCUCUAAAGGAGUGGCAGCAACAUUAAUACAAGCCACAUCAUACCUGGUGAAUUAUAAGUGUGACCCAUUUGUUGUUGUUUUUUUGGGAAGAACCAGCCACUGCCUGUCAGCUAAUAAAAAAAAAAAAAAAAUGACUGAAUGGGUGAAAGUGGCUGGUGAAUUAUGGAAUCCAUCGACCACUGGGGUGACAACGGUAGCUUCCUGCCCUGCAUAGUACAACCUGGCCAAACUGCGCCAAUGGCUUGGCUCCCAUCCCUUCCAGUUCCACAUACCUGACUGCUGGUGCUCACCUUCCCCUGGCUUCAGACCAGGACGAAGAACAAGGAGAGGAGACGAUUGUGUUUACAUGCACACCAGUAAUCUCCUGAUUUGGGGAAAACAAUGACAGCUUUGUGAUUCUGUGCAUAAUGACCAGAACCAGUUCUUAAUCCCAAGUUGGAGAAACCCAGAUAAGAUACCUCGCAUAUAAAAUUAUCUAGAAGAUUGAGACGUUUUUCAUUUGGUACCUGCCGUCUGCGUAAACAGUUAAGCUUAGAAAUACACCUUAACCAUGGCACGAGCUUUUACCCAGAGUGCUGUGCAUGUAAGUGCUCCAGUUUGUCAGCACUGGGGGGGGCCAGGCAGGUUUAGAGGUACAACACAACACAUGCAGUGCUGGUAUUUCCACAUCGCACUGACGAGCAGGAUGAGAAAUCAGAACCAGCCGGAUGUUGGGGAAAUCUUCAUUGCUGGGUUCGGUAGAUUUCACUGCCUCUGUGGCCCACACGCAGAAAUGUUGUUUCCCCACCGUGCUGCGUUUCUACCCCCCAAAAAAUUCAGGUUCCUUUGACGUCAUUGUACCCUCCUGUUCUUCUUCCUAGUCUUCUGGGAGGAGACUGUUCCAGAAACCUAGUUUUGUGUUGUUGUUUUUAUACUUUUAUUUCCCUCUUUUAAAAAGUCAUAAAUAUGUUGUCUAUCAGUAUUUAAAAUAGGAGGUGGAAGACUGGGGGACUGCUUAUUUGUUGUUGCUUUAGUUUUUUUUUUUUUGGUAUGCUUUACCUUUUUUAAAUUUUUUUCAGAUGAUGUAUAAUUGGUCGUCACCACCCGUCAAUCAUCCCUGCCAAAUGCUGUUAUUAGGCAGUCAGGAGAAAGGCUGGCCUCUCGGCUGCCUGUCUAGAACUUUGCUUGGGCCACGUGUGCUGACUGUUCUUUUUCUGUUUGUUUGUUUUGAACACACAAACUGGGCUGAAAAGACGCAAGAAGAAACUUAAGCCUCCUCAUUAUGUACAAAUCAUUUUUAUUUCUAGUUUUUAUUGUAUUUUUAAAUCCUAAUUUUUGGUUGCUGAAACAAUGAGAUAAAUGUUUGUAAACAAAGGAACAGGAAAACCAAGCUGUAUGCAAAGUCUGUAAAUAUGAAAUGUGGGUUUGUUCAUACUAGAAUAUACACACGCACAGGACUGGAAACUGUAUUUGUAAACUAGCUUUGGUUUGUGUAAUAAAUUACUUUCUAUAACA